UGUCCCCGCCAUGAUCACUCAGGACUUGAGGAGCCCCCCCUAAAUUCGUGUUACCCCUCCCCCACUUUGUCCCCUUCUCCCCAUGUUUGUGUCUCCCCUCCCCCACCGUGUGUCCCCCUCCCCUCCCGGGCUCCCCACACCCUCCCCAAGCAAUAACUGGAGCCUCCGGACACCCCGAUGGCGGAGGACGACGGUGGAGGUAGGGCCGGGCCCCGCCCGGGUGUCCCCUCUGUCCCCACUGUCACCCCAAAAUGGGGGGGGGAAGGGGAUGACAAUUUGGGGGGGGGCGAAAACGGGCCCCACUGCGAGGCCAGGCUGCGUUUCCAUGGGAACGGGACUAGGCCUGAGCGCUACUACGAGGCCAGGCUGUGUUUCCAUGGGAACAGGACUAGGCCAAUGCCCUCAUUGUGAGCUCAGGCUGCGUUUCCAUGGGAACAGGACUAGGCCUGAAUGUUACUGUGAGGCCAGGCUGUGUUUCCAUGGUAACGGACCUAGGCCAGGCUGUGUUUCCAUGGUAACAGGACUAGGCCUGAGGUCUACUGUGAGCUCAUGCUGUGUUUCCAUGGUAACAGGACUAGGCCAGAACCCUCACUGCGAGCUCAGGCUGCGUUUCCAUGGGAACAGGACUAGGCCUGAGCGUUACUGUGAGGCCAGGCUGUGUUUCCAUGGUAACGGAACUAGGCCAGGCUGUGUUUCCAUGGUAACAGGACUAGGCCUGAGCACUACUGCGAGGCCAGGCUGUGUUUCCAUGGGAACAGGACUUGGCCAGAACCCUCACUGCGAGCUCAGGCUGCGUUUCCAUGGUAACAGGACUAGGCCAGGCUGCAUUUCCAUGGUAAUAGGACUAGACCUGAGCCCUCACUGCGAGCUCAGGCUGUGUUUCCAUGGUAACAGGACUAGGCCAGAGCCCCCCAAACAAGCCCUACCCCCUUUGGGGGGGGCCGGGACCCCCCCAAACCUGCUCCCCCCACCACAUUACGGGGGGUGGGGCCCUGGGGCGGCAGUUUGGGGUGGGGCCCCCAGGCGCCCCCUCCCGACCAGCAUGUCUUGCAUGUCCGACCCACGCGGAGCCUUAUGCAAAUGA